AUGGGCCCGUAUGGUGCGAGAAAGAGAGACGACCAGGGUGCGAAGGAGAGUGCCGCCAAUGGCGAUCGGCUGAAGUACGAGUCCUCCUACUCCAAUUCAUCCUCCUCCUUCUCUUCUCAUUCUUCUCCAUCCAUUAUUGCACCUUUAAUUGCAAAUCCGCGUUCUGAUCUCUUUCGUUUUAAAAGGAACAGGGUUGCUGUUGGUGCGCUUGAUGGGACCUUAAUUCAUGCUGUGGGAGUGGCACAUGAUUCAAGAGAGCUAACGGAAACCAUGCGAGAUCCUUCGAAUAAUUUUCCAUUUCCGCCUGCAGGAAUAUUUUCAGAGAUGAAAUCUUCUAUAAACCACCUCCUCCUCUUGUCUCUCAUCUAUUUCUGUGGGCUUUUCUCGAAUGCUCGGGCUAUUCCAAGGCAGAGGCCUUUCAACAACACGAUCCCGGCCCUCCUCAUAUUUGGCGACUCGAUUGUUGAUCCCGGAAACAAUGACUAUGUGGGCACAAUAUUGAAAGCAAAUUUUCCACCUUAUGGCCGAGAUUUCGCCAAUCGUGCAGCCACUGGAAGGUUCACCAAUGGCCAACUUCCUACAGACUAUAUAAUUUCGUACGUCGGGAUCAAAGAUUACGUGCCUCCAUAUUUGAACCGGAGUUUGAGCAUAGACGAGCUGAUGACUGGAGUUAGCUUUGCCUCAGCCGGCUCUGGAUUCGACCCUCUCACGCCCAGACUCUUUAACGUGACUCCUCUGCAAAAGCAGCUUGAACAUUUCCAGGAGUACAGGAAAAGGAUUGAGGAUGCAAUUGGAAAGGGGAAGACCAUCAAUCUCAUAAGAAAGUCAGUUUUCUUAGUUAGCGCCGGCAUUAACGAUUUUUCUUUGAAUUAUUUCACCACACGGUUACGAAGGUUGAACUUUUCCGUCUCCGAUUAUGAGAAGUUUGUGCUUCAACAUUUGAAAGAGUUCAUUCAGGGGCUAUUAAACCAAGGCGCAACCAAGAUAGCCAUGGUGGGGUUGCCGCCAUUGGGUUGUUUGCCAUUCAUAAUAACCUCAAACACAAUCCCUCUUACCGGAAGGCGGUGUGUCGAGAGGAUUAACUCCAUAGCGAGAGGCUACAAUGUACUUCUUCAGUCCGAAUUGCAUCGACUGCAAAACACAACACCAGAUAAAGAAACAAAAAUCUACUAUGCGGACUUCUACCGGCCUUUGCAAGACUUGAUCCAAAACUACCAAAUAUAUGGAUUCGAAGAAGUGAGCAGUGGGUGCUGCGGGACUGGUAUUCUUGAAACAUCAUUUCUGUGCAACCCGAAGACACCUAUAUGUUCGGAUGUUUCCAAGUACAUAUUUUGGGACUCAAUCCACCCCACUGACAGGGCAUAUUACUUCGUUUUCCAGGCUUUUCGUCCUCUGAUCGAUUUCAUCAUCAAGGAUGCGGUCGCAACUAAUUAGAGAUUACCCACAUGUGGCAUGCUAAUUAUGGCCGAGAACUAUGCGUCAUAUAUUUUUAUAUACUUGGUGCUCUCUUGUCUAUUAUAUUAUAUAUACAUGUCUAAAAUACCUCGUUCGUGGGAAAUAUAUGUGAAUGGUUGCCUAAGAGCAGAGCAACCACGGGCGUUCUUGUCCUCGAGUUUUUUUUUUCCCCCUUAUUCGGAACUACCAAGCUACUAAUUAUGUGUGUAAUGUUGGGUAAAAGUUAUCAAUAUCAAGCGGUCACAUAACGAGUGAGUUAUCAUACAACUUCAAAAUUAGUCUUCGCUAGAACGAGUUUAAGGAAUGAUUUUCUCCUUGAAAUGGGGAAAUAGCCAACGAACAGUCAUGAAAGAGACAACAAUGUUAGGU